CCGCCCCCCCGCUUGGACCAAGCUCGGUUGCGUUAUCGGGUGAGGAGAACCAGUGUAGUGCGGUUGGAGUGCGAGAGGGUCGCGGCCGCGAUGAGCCGACAGAUGAAAUAGAGUGGCGAGAGAAAAAACAGAAAAAAAGCAAGGAAGCCGACUGUUCCACCACGAGAAACAAUGUUCCCGAAAGGCAAAGGAACCCCGGUUCCCUCGGACGGCCAAGCACGAGAAAAGUUGGCUCUUUACGUCUAUGAGUAUUUGCUUCACAUAGGGGCACAGAAGUCUGCACAGACAUUUUUGUCAGAGAUACGAUGGGAAAAGAACAUAACACUUGGAGAACCUCCCGGAUUCCUGCAUUCUUGGUGGUGUGUAUUCUGGGACUUGUACUGCGCUGCACCGGAGAGGAGAGAGACAUGUGACCACUCCAGCGAAGCCAAAGCCUUCCACGACUAUAGCGCCGCAGCAGCCCCCAGCCCCGUAAUGGGAGGGAUGCCCCCUGGUGACGGCAUGCCAGGAGGACCCAUGCCACCUGGAUUUUUCCAGGGUCCUCCCGGUCCCCAGGGCUCUCCUCACCCUCAGCCUCCUCCCCCUAACAAUAUGAUGGGGCCCCACAGUCAGUCCUUCAUGUCACCUCGCUUCGCAGGAGGGCCAAGAGGUCCCCCUAUCAGGAUGGGAAACCAGCCACCAGGGGGAGGACCUGGCCCACAUCCUAUGUUGCCUAAUAUGGACCCCACACGGCCACAAGGUCAUCCUAACUUAGGGCCCAUGCAGAGAAUGAGUGGCCCCCGAGGCAUGGGGCCGAUGGGACCCGGACCGCAGAACUUUGGUGGCGGGAUGAGGCCCCCCCACAACACCAUGGGUCCCGGCAUGCCAGGCGUCAACAUGGGCCCCGGAACUGGGCGACCAUGGCCCAAUCCUAACAACGCAAAUUCUAUGCCUUACUCGUCACCUUCUCCUGGAGCGUACGGGGGAGCGUCUGGAGGAGGACCACCAGGGACUCCCAUAAUGCCAAGCCCUGCAGACUCCAACAACUCUGGUGACAAUUUGUAUACCAUGAUUAACACUGGACCCGGCAAUCGGAAUAAUUUCCCCAUGGGCCCCGGCUCUGACGGACCCCUGGGAGCCAUGGCUGGGAUGGAACCGCACCACAUGAACGGGUCACUAGGCUCUGGUGAUUUGGACGGAAUGAACAAGAAUUCUCCAAACAAUUUAAGUGGCAUUAGCAAUCCUCCCGGGACCCCGAGGGAUGAUGGAGAGCUGAGUGGGAACUUCCUCCACUCCUUUCAGAGCGAGAACUAUUCGCCCACCAUGACGAUGAGCGUGUGACCCCCAGCGCCUUCCUAAUUUGCCAUCAUUCCAAGGAUUCAAAACCCCGCAACAACGCAUCAGGCAAGGCCAAAAGCAUCAGCAGAGGAUCAGGGAUCCACACUUAACUCAUUGGCUGCCAUUGACGGCGCUAGACGUUGGAUCCAUUUGAGGUGGGAGGGUGGCAGCGAAUGAACGAACGUUCAUUCGCUGCCACCCUCCCACUUCAAUUGGAUCAGACGUCUACGAGUGAUACUCAUAUAAAUACACAGCAGAAGGACGAUCAGAAACCAUGCGAUUGGACGUCUAGCAUCGUCAGUGGCAGUGAAAGAGUUAACAUUGGAAAACGAUGAAACACGGGGUAGCAAAACGGCUGUGGCGCGAAAAAACCAGCUACUCAAUCGCGA